CACAUCACAAACCGAGAGGGGACACUUUGCCCAGCCGAUGGAGUAGUAGUAGCGGUAGUAGUGUGGGUGCAGUUCACGGCUUCCCUUUACCCCCACUGUCCAUCUUCUUCUUUAAUGGAGUCACAUUUUCUGUGGAAUAUUUCUCCAUCCCAUCGCGAGUGAGCUGCUGUGAAUCCUGAGAACGUAAGUCUCCCGACAGGAGACAAGAUGGCGUCUAACAACACCCUGCGCAGCUACUCUAUCAUCCCAUGUUUCAUCUUUGUAGAGCUCGUUAUUAUGUCCGGUACAGUGUUAUUGGCCUACUACAUGGAGUGCACAGACCUGUUCAGCGUGCAUGUGCAGGGUUUCUUCUGUAAUGAUGCUGACCUGAUGAAGCCGUACCCUGGCACGGAGGAGUCCAGCUUCGUCCCUCCUCUCAUCCUGUACUGCGUGGUGGCUGCUGCUCCCACAGCUAUAAUUUUCAUCGGAGAGGUGUCCAUGUAUAUGAUGAAAUCAACAAGGGAAGCUCUUUUGGCCCAGGAGAAAACAAUAGUGACAGGAGACUGUUGUUACCUCAACCCUCUUAUCCGCCGCAUCAUACGCUUCAUAGGUGUGUUUGCAUUCGGUCUGUUUGCCACAGACAUCUUCGUCAAUGCAGGCCAGGUGGUGACUGGAGGUCUCUCGCCCUACUUUCUGUCUGUUUGCAAGCCCAACUACACUGGCAACGAGUGCCGCUUUAAUCACCAGUUUAUUGUCAACGGCAACAUCUGCACUGGGAACCAUGUGGUGGUGGAGAAGGCAAGGCGGUCAUUCCCAUCUAAGGAUGCUUCGCUGAGUGUUUACUCUGCUGUUUACCUGACGAUGUACAUCACCAGCACAAUCAAGACCAAGUCCAGCCGCUUGGCCAAGCCUGUGCUUUGUUUGGGCACGCUCUGCUCCGCCUUCCUCACCGGCCUCAACAGAGUUUCCGAGUAUCGGAACCACUGUUCAGAUGUAGUGGCUGGAUUUAUACUGGGAUCAGCUGUUGCACUGUUUCUGGGUAUAUGUGUGGUGAAUAACUUCAAAGGUGUCCACAGUGCAGCGGCAAAACAGAAGACUGAGGACUACCGCGGCCUGCCUCUGAUGACCUUCCCCCGUGUAGAGAGCCCACUGGAGACCCUCAGCGCACAGAACCACUCGGCAUCGAUGACAGAAGUCACAUGACUAAGGGGGCAGCACCGGGUCACGUUUGCGUCUCCACAGCACUUCCAGACACAAUGACGAGGACGCAUGUCACGUGGCUCCGAAUGCUUAAUAAAACCACUCCUGAUAUAUCUGUUUAAAUCACCUGGGGGACAAAAUACACCAUGUUUGCAGUGGUUUUCAUUUAUUUGGGCUAUGCUCAGUUCAACCUCCCAAGGCACACAGAUCAGGCAAAAAUAUCACAAAUCACAACUUAAGCACAGAUUGUUUUCCCGGGUAUUUGAGAUCAUUCGAAACAUGGGACAUUUUUUUCCUCCAAGGUGUGCUGUUUGUAGUUAGAGGACGGUGUUUUGUACAUUUUGUAUGAGCGAGUGCCGUAGCCUAUCCUGACGAUGUUAAAACCUGCACACUUCCUGUCAGCUGAUUCACUCUGUUUUACAUCACGUCCUGCCGGGUGAAAUGCCUUGUCAAUCACCACAUGUACCCCGCUCGGUAAGAAAAAUCUGCUAUGGAAAAAAUAUUGAUGUUGUUGUUCUGUGGUGUUUGUCAUUUGUACAGAAAAAAGACAGAAUCCCUCUUUUUAUUAUCUCUGUACAUUAACUGACCAUGUCAGGUCAUAUUUUUUAUGGAUUUUUGUUAAUAUGUAUGAAUAUUAUGAUCCAUUUGGACCUGUUUGCCUGCUGUAAACCUGGAUAUUUUUUGGUAUCAGUUUAGGUGUUUGGGGAACAACUCCUCUUCCCUUAGGAGGAAAUGACAAGGACGAGUCAGAAAAUGUGUCUUUUGCACCUGUAGUGAUGUCAUCAGCCGCACUAUAUGAAAAUGUGAUUGGUUAACAUGCACAGUAUCCAUGUGCUUCACCCAAAUUUGCUGAUUUAUUUUGAGGUUAAUAGGAAUAUAUCUAUAGAGGGAUUCAGAGGGGCUAGCCAUGCCAGAACUAUCUAAAGAUUAUGCUGGUAUGGUUUUCCAUUUACAUUUACAUAAAUCCCAGUGGAAGAUAUCCCUAUUAAAUACAUGGGGAAAAAAAGAGGACAGAAGUGUUCUUUGGAGUGAAACUGAGAAAUUUACUUGAGGCCUGGCUAGCCCUUUCAGUGAAAACCAGGCUAAUGACUCCUGCUUCACUUUUCCUCCUUGAGGCACCCCUCCCUUUCCCCAACCCCACCAGUGGAUUGUGAUGCAAUGUUGUGAUUCCAUUUCCUAUUGGAAGAUAUGCCCAGCAUGAAGAGAGAAGUCAAGAUGUUUUAUAGAUAUUACUCAUUAUCAUUGUGAUUACAAUUGUCUUUUACUUUGAGGAAAAAAAAAGCAUUUCAGCUGAAAUGCUGCAUAUAUUUUCUUUCUUGGUUUGUCCAAAAAAAUUAAAU